UUGCCGAGCCGGGCCAUGGCGCUGCGACAGGCUCUGGGCCGCGGGCUGCAGCUGGGCCGGGGGCUGCUCCUGCGCUGGGCGCCGCCCCGGCCGCUGCCCGUCGCGCCCCCGCCGGCGGCCCGGCUGCCGCUGCCCGCCCGCUACCGCUUCUUCCGCGAGUCGGUGUCCGGGCUGGCGGGGCGGCUCCGGCGGCAGCUGCUGCUGCGGGGCCCGCGGGCGGCCCGGGGGCUGAGCCUGGCCUGCGGGCUGGGGCUGCUGGAGCAGGGGCUGGAGGAGCAGCGACAGGCCGCCUCCACCUGCCGCCACAUCCAGACCAUAUUUAUCGGAAAGAACAAGCCACUGAAAGAUCCACUGAGCGCUUUCCGCUGGCAAGGCUUCAAGCUAGAAGAGUACCAUAUUGGGCAACCCAUUGGGAAAGGGUGCAGUGCUGCUGUAUAUGAAGCAGCUAUUCCAUUGUCUUCCAACUACCAAAGCAGUGAAGACAGCAAGGCUUUAGAAGGAAAGACUCCAGAUACGCAGUGGGAUCACGGCCCAGAUAUCCAGGCUGCAGAAGCGAAAUCUAUACAAACAAACCAGCAAAGAGCUGCUUUCCCAUUAGCUAUCAAAAUGAUGUGGAACAUUUCGGCUGGUUCUUCAAGUGAAGCUAUCCUCAGCACCAUGAGACAGGAACUCGUUCCGGCGAGUGGUUCUGCCUUAUCUGGGGAAUAUGGAGCUGUUGCUUGCCACAGAAACAGGAGACCUGUCUUUGGGAAGAAGAAGUUGAAACCUCAUCCGAAUAUAAUCCAGGUGAUCCGAGCUUUUACAUCCUCAGUUCCUCUGCUACCUGGAGCAUAUGUGGACUAUCCAGACGUUCUUCCAUUAAGUCUGAACCCCAGUGGGAUCGGUCACAGCCGCACGCUCUUCUUAGUGAUGAAGAAUUAUCCAUGCACCCUGCGCCAGUACUUGAACGAGAGGAAUUCAGAUGCCCACCUCAGCACCUUGAUGAUCUUACAGUUACUGGAAGGCGUGGAUCAUCUUGUUCGACAUGGAAUAGCACACAGAGAUUUAAAAUCUGACAAUAUCCUGGUUGAAUUGGAUUCUGCUGGGUGUCCCUGGCUGGUGAUCACAGACUUUGGUUGCUGUUUGGCAGAUGAAAAUAUUGGCUUGAGAUUGCCUUUCACCAGCUGGUAUGUGGAUCGGGGAGGCAAUGGCUGUCUUAUGGCACCAGAGGUGGUCACAGCAGUACCUGGUCCAGGUGUCCUGAUUGACUAUAGUAAAGCAGAUGCAUGGGCGGUUGGAGCGAUAGCGUAUGAAAUCCUUGGACUGUGUAAUCCUUUCUAUGGCCAAGGAAGGUCCUCUCUGGAAAGCAGAAGCUACCAAGAAGACCAGCUCCCAGCAUUGCCAGAUACUGUGCCCUUCGAUGUGAAGCAGGUGGUAAAGAUGCUACUUCAGCGGGAUCCCAACAAGAGACUGUCUGCUCGAGUUGCAGCUAAUGUGCUUCACUUAAGCCUCUGGGGUGAAAAUAUUCUAGUCCCAAAGAGUCUGAAACUAGAGAAGAUGAUUGGCUGGCUUCUUCACCAAUCUGCAGCCACUUUACUGAUGGAUGGACUGGUGGACAGAAGCAGGGUAGAAACUAAGAUGAAGACGUGCUUUUUGGCAAAUCUGGAAUACGAAGAUCUUUGGGAGGCAGCAUUUUUACUGCUCUCUUGGAGAAACCAUUCUGUCUGAAGGGUACAAUUCUGUGGGUGGGCCUGCAGUAGAUAAAUGGCAUUUACUAAAAGCACUUGGGAAUCUGUCUAAUACUUCUGUCUCUCUGGAAGCCUAAAAUACUUUAAGGAAAAAUAUCUGCAGGCCUGGUGUAUGUGUUAAUGUAAGAGGUUGAGUUUGCCUACAAAAAGCAUUAGUAUACAAAGGGUUGUUGUCUUACCUGUAGAGAAAACAGCAUUGAAUUGUUAUGAGAAUUGGUAGGGUUUGGAAAGUGUUUGAAGGAUAUCUGGUCGGCUUCAUUCACACCGGAGAAUUUAGAUUUACUGCUUGAAGCAAAUUCCUUUACAAAAGGGUUUAUGCACUGAAGGAGGUAUAACACAGCUGCUCUUUACAGAAAAGCAUUACAGUUGCACUUUGCUAAUCCUUUAUAGUUCGAACAGAAAAUCAAUAUGAAGUUGAACUGAUGGAACAAAAUUAAAUCUUUGUUUUCUUAAAUUUGAAAUCAGAAUCAUUCUUAUUAAAAUCAUAUUCCUCUGUA